AUGGACACCGAUAUCAAUACCACGAAGCUCGCCCCAACCCAGUCUCAAUCGUUGACUGAAGUGAGCGACCGCGUACAAGUUGUUUACCUCAGCGGUCCAAUCAGGAUCUUCUUACCAAUUAAUGAACGCGAAAAAACCGAACCCUUGGCUCACAAUAAGCGCGACUCUUGCUCUAAGUCAUGCCCGGCGGUUACUGACAGCGCAAGCGCCGCCAACAACGAGGCUUUUCAGCUUCAUCGCCCCAUCAACGAGCCUUCUCUUGAAAGUUGUGGCAAACUCAGCUACAUUGACUCUACUUCCAGCAAGCGCACUGCCAACUGUCCUUCCACUGCUAUGGAAGAAUCAUCUACAGUCAAGCAGCCAGACUGCAAUCACCCCUCCGAAACUUUGUCACCUUUCUGCCCUUACAUCGCUGGAAAUGAGAUUCUCCUCAGAAGUCCCACGAGCGAUAACUCAAUCAAGGCCGUGAUCGUCAAAUACUUUCCGGCAACUCUUUCCUGCUGUAUGGUGAUUCGCUUUGUCGAGCCACCCGUCUUCAACAACACAUCUGAAUGCGUGCUCAAGCUGUAUGACCGCCGCUUCUCGACCCAACAUCGGGAAGAUUGGGAAGUAUCUCCUUGGACACCCGAGCUCGAGAAGGAGUACCAGGACUUUGUGGAGUGCGGUGACGCUGAGGAGUUCUUCAGCUAUUGGGACGCUGAAAAGGAGCGAGAUAGUGAAUGGUCAGCAGCUUGUGUGGGAAAUCACGACAGAUGGAGUGUUGCAAAGCAAGAGGCGUAUCUGCAAUGGGAUGCGGUAGACACCUACGAGACGGAGAAGAAAGCCUAUGAGCACAUGGCCGAACUGCAAGGAGAAGAUGUACCCAGAGUGUUUGGCGAGGUUUUUCUUGAUCAGCCAGCCGCUCAUCAGGAUCAGCGCGACGGUUAUGAAGCUGGCAAAGACGAGACCGAAAGCACUCGCGAAGAUUUUGACAUCAAACCUCAAACCAUCAACAUUCCCGGCAUCCUCAUCCAGUACAUCAACGGCUUCCAUCUCACCGACCUGCACGAACAUCUGCCUCAAGACUGCUGGCAAUCGAUUGUCGACACAUCCAUCGAGAAACUCCACCACAUCCAGGAAUGUGGCAUCCUCAAUCGCGACCUCAACACCCGCAGCUUCAUGGUCGAUUCUUUCACUCACAAAGUCAUGAUGAUAGACUUCGGCAUCGUCUCGUUCCGUGAAGACUCCGAGGAUGACACAGAGUGGGAGAGGCUCCAGGCAGAACAAGACGAAGAAGGCGCUCUUGCUCUGCCCAUGCAGACUUACUUGAAGAAAAGAGGCGGAGGAAAUAUCAUCUACAAGCCCAGUGAACAGUAUUGGACACUGAAGUACCGUUACAGAGGCAUGGAAGGCGAGAGAGAGGGCGGUACAAAGGAAGAGGAAGAGUACAUGAAGAAGCACAAAGAUUUUGUCUUCAAGUGA